AUGGCAUACACAAGGCUGCUUCGUCUAUUCAAGAUCAGAGCUGCAAGUUUGACCAAUACGCGAACCACCGUAGGUGGAUGGACCUUCCGAAAACAUGUCAGCACUUCAGCUUGGCGAGCGCAGAGCCGAAUGUCAGCCUGGGUUAUCGACCAGUUUGGCACUAAUGAAGUCCUCAGAUACUCUGAAGACAUGCCAGUUCCCACGAUUACCUCGUCCAGCCAAGUCAUGAUCCAAGUGCACGCUGCCAGUCUCAACCCAUUGGAUGUGGCCAUGAGGGGAGGGUAUGGAGAUAAACUGAUCAAGCUACGAAAGGACCCGUUUUCGAUAAUGGACAACGAUAGUGGUUUUCCUCUGAUCCUGGGUCGAGAUGUGUCUGGUGUUGUGGUGGACUGUGGAUCUGAGGUUGCACAUUUUGAACCAGGAGAUGAGGUUUGGGCUGCAGUACCCCCAUGGAAACAGGGCAGUCUGGCAGAGUUUGUCAAUCUAACAGAGUACGAGGUGUCCCACAAGCCUAAAUGUUUGAGUCACAUGGAGGCGGCAUCCAUUCCGUAUGUAGCCAGCACUGCUCUGUCUGCACUUGUUAACGCAGGUGGUCUUUGCAAAGAGAACUCCUCUGAUAAAAGAGUUUUGAUUACUGGAGGAUCAGGAGGUGUUGGGACCAUUGCUAUUCAGUUGGCAAAGGCCUGGGGUGCCCAUAUUACAGUCACGUGUUCUCAAAAUGCAGAGGGCCUGGUCAGAGGACUGGGAGCUGAUGAGGUUGUGGACUACACUGCUCAAGAUGCAACAUACCAGCUAGAAAUGAUGGAGAGAUUUGAUGUCAUCUUGGACGGCGUGGGUGGUGACACUGAAGAGUGGUGUGUGAGCUUGCUAAAACCCUGGUCUGGAGCAAAGUACGUCACACUAGUAACCCCUUUGCUCUUUCAAACGGAUUCCCGUGGUCUGCUGGAUGGAUUUGCUCAUGCCGGAUCCACCCUGACCACUAAAGUUAUACAGAAUAUAAUAUCAAACGGAGUCUUUUACCGUUGGGGGUUGUUUGCUCCAGAUGGGCCUGGCUUGGAUGAGGUCAGCAAGCUUGUGGAUACUGGAAAGAUAUUGCCAGUGGUAGAGGCCCAAUUUCCAUUCAGCCAGGUACCUCAGGCUUUUCAGAAGUUGGAGCACGGCCAUGCCAGAGGCAAGACGGUCAUCAGCGUGAUUGAGGAGAAAGAUGGUGAGGAACAAGAAAUGGAGCAGAAUAUGGCUUAG